AUGGUGAACAAAUCUAGGAAGGAUUGGUCCCUCAAGUUUGACGACACACUUUGGGCCUUGCGGACGGCAUACAAGACUCCAAUUGGUACAACCCCCUAUCGGUUGGUCUAUGAGAAGGCUUGUCAUUUUCCGGUUGAGUUCGAGUAUAAAGCUUGGUGGGCAAUCAAGGAGCUACACAUGGAUAUGUCGUUGGCCGGUGAGAAGAGAUUGCUCAAGCUCAAUGAACUUGAAGAGCUUAGGUUUGAUGCUAAUGAGAACUUGAGACUCUAUAAGGAGAAAACUAAGAAAUGGAACGACCAACAUAUAAGGAACAAGAGCUUCAAGGUUGGAGAUAAGGUGUUGUUAUUCAACUCUAGGCUCCGUUUGUUUCCCGUAAAGCUCAAGUCCAAAUGGUCAGGACCUUUCGUGAUUUUAAGAAUUACUCCUUAUGGGUCUUUUGAGUUGAAGGCGGGAGACAACAAGUUCAUGGUUAAUGGUCAUCGUUUGAAGCACUACUUUUGCAAGGAGGAAGUAGGCUUGAUAGAAUGUAUGAGGCUUGAUCCAUUGGAUCCGAAGCCACCUCUUGGAUGA